GCAGCUGUUUCGGGGAAAAGGGGGAAAAUACAAUAACAAUGGGUUAAAACGGGCAUACAUUCGCUGUCAGAGUAUGUUGCGAGUUCUCGUGGCAAAUAAUGUUUGGUGAAACUACAGGUUUUAUUAAAAUAAUGAGUGUGAGGAACAUAAUUUAUAAACCACAAUUUAAUACGAGAGUAAAAAGUGUUUGAAACGUCAUGAGGUCAGAACAACACGGUCUACAAUAAAUUAUACAUAAGUUAUUCCGCGAACAGGCAUUACGUGACCGUGCCAUAUCAUAUCACAACAUGUAGUGUGGAUAUUCCACGUUAAACGCGUGUAAAGAAGCUGUUGUAGCACAUAAGUCCAUUGGUUCUUAUAGUCUUAUAUGUUGCGAGUCGUCUUAUUGCACUGUACUGAUGCGCGCUAACGCCCAACAGCGCGCGCACACCCCUCUCGGAGCAAAAACAAACACCACGCACUUCUAAGAGAGGAGAAGCUCACGUCCUCAUAAAAGAGCAGAAGUAGGCGGCGCGUCAGCGAAGGGCUGCACUGUUUUGAUGAACGCUGACAACGAGCUGUGUUUUCAACCUGCAAAUAACAGUUUCACAGUACAGUAGUCUGUUGGGUGGGGCAGUUCAGUGAGAAAAUGUCCAAGUUAUUCCGGGCUGUUAUUAUGGGUCCACCAGGUUCGGGGAAGGGGACCAUCUCGGAGAGGAUCGCGCACAAUUUCGGCCUUAAACAUUUGUCCAGUGGAGAUUUUGUUCGAGAAAACAUCUCCUCAAAAACUGAUGCCGGUGUUUUAGCCAAGACGUAUAUUAAUAAAGGACUGCUGGUUCCAGACCAUGUGAUGACACGUCUUUUGUUGCCUCGACUGGAGGAGAUGACCAAAUACAGCUGGCUGUUAGAUGGUUUUCCUCGGACACUGGCACAGGCUGAAGCUCUGAACAGUUCCUGUGACCUGGAUGUAGCCAUUAACCUCAACAUCCCUCUGGAAACACUGAAAGAACGACUGCGACAUCGAUGGAUUCAUCCACCCAGUGGGAGAGUGUACAAUAUGUGCUUCAAUCCUCCGCGCAUCCAGGGGCUGGAUGACAUCACAGGGGAGGCACUGAUUCAGCAGGAGGAUGACAGACCAGAAGCCCUGGUGGCCAGACUGAGACACUACAAAGAUGUUGCCAAACCUGUCAUAGACUUCUAUAAGGCUAAAGGCAUCCUGUACACAUUCUCGGACACAGAGACAGAUCGAAUCUGGCCCAAUAUCAACACACUUCUCAGCACAAAGAUCCCAGCCAUCCAGUCAGAUGCUCGCUGCGCUUCAACCCGCUGAGGAAAUUGUCUGACAAUCAAUUACAUCCAAGAAAACAACACAAAUUACCAAUCGAAUACAUUGAUUUCCAAAGAUUCCCUGCUAGUUAUUUUGUGAUCACAGCUUGUCUGUUAGUAGUAUAGUGGUAUUUAUCAGUGUGCUAACUCUGCUUGUUUCAAUUCCUGUAAAGAUUUCAUACAUUUCAGGGACCAGUUCUGCCAUUUCAGCAUUUGCUGGAAUCAUGGGUGUCAGUCUGGGUAAAAUCCAGCUUAAAUUCAAUAAAGAUGUCGGUUCCUCUAUUUAAAAUGCACAAAAUUCCAUGUGCACGUGACUGAAUCAUGAAUAAUAAGUGAAGGGUAGAUUCUUAUGACUUUGUGUGUGUAAUUCUAGCUGGAAGGCUUUAUAAGAUCUUUGUGGUGUUUGCCUUUCUCUGUUUCUGAUUUGUUGAGGUGAUAUGUUACUACACACCCAAAAGAAUGGUGUAAUUAUUUUUAAGCAUUUUACACCCUCAGAAAUAAAAAUACACGAGCUGUUACUGGAGUGGUACCUUUUCAAAAGGUACACAUUUGUACUUGAAUGGUCCAUAUUGGUAUCUACAAAUAUAUCUACAAAUUUUUGGAGGAACACUUUUGUACUUUUGGGGACUAAUAAGUACUCUUGAUUUAUUAAAAUGGACCUAUUAGGUACUGUGAUAGUACCUUUCGAAAAGGUACCACCCCUGUGAUAGCUCGUCUGCCUUUAUUUCUGAGAGUGUACAUGCUCUAGAAUCCAAAUAUGCCACAUUUGCCUUGAAAGUACAAUUUCUUUUAUUUUGAUGUGCUGAAGUUGCUUUUGUGGUCGCCAGGUCUUAUAUGUUGAAUUCUGUCAACGGAAUGUGUUGAAAAUGAAACUGAAUUUUUACGUAACUAUAGAAAAUGGCUAUAUGUUAGUGUAUUGAGAUAAAAUAUAUCAGAUGUUCUUUAAACACUGCCUCCUUUUUAGUAAAUACUGUUCAGUGUUGUGUUUCUAACAGACAAGUCAGUGAGAUCCUGUUUUAUAUAUUACGUGAUUAUAUCUUUAAACCAUUUGUGAUUUAAUAACUGUUGAGUGUGUUCAGAUAAAAUAAUAGUGACAUCUCUUUUAUCCAGAAGAUUAAAGUACAAAUUUGCUAGAAACCACAGAUUAAGUUACAAUUCGAUUAUAAUUUGUCCCUAAAACAAAGAUAAGCUGCAUGACCUACUGUAGGUGUUGUAAACAUGACUUCAUGCUUAUCAACUGUGAUAUUUUUGUUCAGUUUUUUAUUUUAUUUUUUAGAUAUACAUAGAUAUGCUUUCUUGCUUCACUCUCUCUCUCUCAUUUUCCAGUUCUAUAUACCAGCCAAAAAGGGUUGGAGAAAACUCUCAAAAGCCUAUUGUUGUGCAAUACCAUAUACAAGAAAUGACAUGACUGAGCUUUCCCUGUCCCCGUUAAGAAAAUAAACUUAUUUUCUCAAAAA